AUGUCCGGAGAGAAGCUCAACGUUGCCGUCGCCGGCCUUGGUCGCAUGGGAUUGCGACACGCCAGGCACUUUGCGACCCUGACACCCAAGGCCAACCUCAUCGCCGUCAGCUCACCAGUGCAGGCCGAGCUCGAUGCCGCCGUCGCAGAGUUCGGUCCUUUGAGGACGUACCUUGACUACGAUGAGAUGCUUCGCAAGGAGUCGACGCUGCAGGCCGUCAUCGUUGCGAGCGCGACCACGGUGCACGCCGAGCAGGCCAUCAAGGCCAUUGAGAAGGGCCUGCACGUUCUGUGCGAGAAGCCCCUUAGCACAAACGUCGAUAUCUCGCAAUCCGUCGUUGACGCCUACGAGAAGUCGCUCGUCAAGAACCCCAACCAGAAGGUCAUUUGCGGAUUCUCCCGUAGAUUCGAUGCCUCCUACCGCGACGCCUACCAGAGAGUUGCCCGCGGUGAUGUAGGCACACCAUCCGUCUUCCGCUCCCAGACCUGCGACAAGCUCGACCCCUCAGGGUUCUUCGUCGACUACGCUGAGUUCAGCGGUGGUAUCUUCGUCGACUGCUCUAUCCACGACAUCGACCUGGCCUUGUGGUUCUUUGGCGAAGACAGCGUCGUCAAGAGCGUUUCCGCCAUUGGUAUCACUGCCGUGCAGGAGGGUCUGAGGAAGCACAACGACAGAGACAACGCCGUUGCAGUUGUCGAGUUCUACGGCGGCAAGAUCGCGCAACUGUUCUGCUCCCGCAUGAUGGCCGCCGGCCAGGAGGACACGACCGAGAUCUUUGGCACGAGCGGCAAGAUCGCCGUCAACACGCAGCCGCAGCUCAACCUCGUCAACCUGUACGAGCCCACGGGCAUCCGCCGCGAGAUCCCGCCCGACUACUACGGCCGCUUCCGCGAGGCCUUCAUCACCGAGGCCAACGAGUUCACCGCGUGCUGCCUAAACAACACCGCGCCGCCCAUGAAGCUCGUCGGCGCCGUCAACGCCGUCAAGAUCGGCUGCGCGCUGCAGGAGAGUCUGAUCACGGGCAAGAAGAUCGACUUUGACGAGUCGGGCAAGCGCAUCGAGAGUGCGCGCUUGUAG